AUGGGCUGGAGCUCAGAUGUAGAUGAACCUAAUGCUCAUGACGGUCAAGACAAUGAACAAAGGGAUGGAUCAGAGGCCGGUCACAGACGUUUCAAUGCGAAUGGUAAAGGAAAGAAACACGAUGGAUCGAGAAAGCAAAACAGACGGAAGAUUCCGAGGAAUAAGGCGGCGAAGAAACGAAAGGAGCACAAGUGUCAUGUGUGUGGUUAUGUUACAUCGCAUGAAGGUCAUCUCAAUGUACACAUUCGUAUUCACACAGGUGAAAGUCCAUACAAAUGUGAUCAAUGUUCGAAAAGCUUCACACUCAACUGUAAUUUAAAUCGGCACAAGCGAAUCCACAGUGGAAGCAAACCAUUUGAAUGUUCCGUUUGUUUCAAAACAUUUUCCCAAAAAAAUGCUUUGAAUAUUCACUUGCGAACUCACACUGAUGAGCUGGCUCAUUCUUGUUCGAAAUGUGGUCAUCGAUUACCCGGAGAAGAGGCCAAACAACUACACGAGAAGAGCUGCAAGCGACGUCGAUACGAAUGCUAUCUCUGCGAAUUCAAAUGUUUUGUCAAAGGCAGUCUCAAACGUCAUAUGCAAGCAAAACACACCGGUGAACAUCAAUUUCAAUGCGAAUUCUGUAGAAAACGAUUCGUUGAGAAGUGUAAACUCAAUCAACAUUUGGCACAGCAUCGCGAGCAGUUUCCCUUUGGAUGCAUCAAGUGUGGUCGAGGAUUUUCAACAGAAGGCGAUAAAACAGCACAUGAGAAGAUCUGCGGUCGUCGUCAACAUCAGUGUUACGUGUGCAAGGUGUUUAAGCUGCAAAAUCCCGCCAUCACAUGCAAGUCCACCAUACAGGUGAAAAGCCCUUCCGUUGCAAGUGGUGUAGUGUAA